CUUAAACUUUGAAAGAAUAGUUUCAAAUCAAAUCAAAACGUAGCUAAAGCAAUGGCCACUGCGAUUCUCUCUUCUCGCAACUCUUUAAACCAACGAUUCGAUCACGAAUCCCAAAUUCACCGUAACCCUAAUCCUCGCCUUCGCCGUGACUCUUCAGCUCCUCACCGACUCAAGCAUUCCUCCACGGCGUCUAAGUCUAAGACGCUGGUUGCAUCCCCGGCGGCGAACACCAAUCUUGUCAUGGGACAAGUCAAGAUCCUCAAACGCGGCGAGUCACUUAGCGCGUUUCGUAAUAGCUGCAGCGCCGAUGAAGACGAUAAGAAACGACAUCGUUUGAGGAUGAUCGAUCUGAUCGUAGCGACGACUAAGAGAAUCGGACCUGAACGAGAGACUGUGCAGAAGCAGAUCGGAGGUUUUAAAGGAGUGGAGAUCGUCUCCGUAGAUUACGCCGGCUCUUGUAACUCGAUUUCUCCGCCUCCCACCUCUCUUCCUAUUCCAUCUUUCUUGUAGAAAAAGAAGAAGAACUAACUUCCUUUUUUGGAAGAAGAUUCAGGAAACCCUAGAAACAGUGCUUUGCAGCAGUCAGUAUCUGUUUAAGCAGCUGUCGAAGAAUCAUGACAAGAGAGAGAGAGAGAGAGGAAACAAUAGUUUGUUUCAAAUUCACCAUCAAGAAGAAGCAAAGAUGAAGAAUGUCUUCCUUGUAUGUUUUUGAAUCCUUCUUGGUGAUAUGAUGAUCAUCACUACUUUCUUUACAUAUGCAAUAAAAUCUUAGUAGGAACAUAAUACUUUCUUGAUUGAUUGUUCUUUGACAAAAUUUAAUAAUAAAAAAAACUGCUAUAGC